CAGAUGCUCUGGGUUUCUUUUUCUACUAUUUGUGAAUCUUAGGUAGCCAGCAUAGCCUUUGAUGACGUUAAAGAAAGUUUGUUGGCUAGACAUUUUUCUUUGGAUCUGAAAAGGCUCACUUGGAUCAAUAUGAAGAACACACAGUUGUCUGGUGUGUAUUGUCACUUAAGAUAGAGACAAAAGGAGCAACACAGAGAAAAACGUUCGAAAUGGAGACAUUCGUACCAGCUGCCAACUGAACCAAACAGGCUUUUUGGGAUGACAUCGCUCAUAUUUGUGCACUUUCUUCUCCUGGGGUUAAGGGUCAUUGGCACCACCACAGACACAUGGAGACGCUGUACAGAUUUACUCCCUCUGGAUCUUCUGUCUUUUGUCCUUGAGAGGGACACCUCCAAACUCGUACCAGGGGUGCACAUGAAGCAGGCUGGAGGAGUAAGGGGCGUGCAUUUCUCAAGCCCUCAUAACUCCAUGAGCUUUCCUUCCUCCCAGCUGCUGGUGAACUGCGACCUCUUCCCAGAAGAAUUCUCCAUUGUUCUGACGCUAAAAGUCAGUAGCAUUGUGCCCAAGAGAAAUGAAUACAUCUUUUCGUUAAUGGAGCCAAAAAAAGUAGAGAAAAAAAGAGUGGGGGAAGAGGAAGAGGAGAGGGAUAAAGGGAACAUUUUGCAAAGGAAUAAAGAGAGGGGUGUCAGUGGAGAAGAGAAACAUGGAGAGAGGGAGAGGCGAGUCGAGAGUAAUGAGGAACGUGGACGGGUCAUCCUGGGACUGAGGCUCUCGAGAAAACGUCUGCACUUCCUUUUUAGAAGUCACAGAGGGGUGGUAGAGCGUUGGGUGUUUCGAGGCGACCGACUGGCUGACAACCAGUGGCACACUCUGGUUUUAGUCGUUGGUAGUCAUCAUGUCAGGCUCACAGUGGACUGCAGUUCACCCCUGGAAAUUGUUCCCUCCAGGCCUUUCCCCUCAGACCUCAACAUUCAGGGAUCGAGAUUCCACAUUGGCAGUAGGGGAAGAUGGAAAGGCUUGUAUUCAGGUCUGUUGCGACAGCUGGUUUUGGUGCCAGGUUUAGAUGCCACCCAUCACAUCUGCCCCUCUUCCGACCCCCAUCUAGCAGUUCUGUCAGUACCACCGCUUCUCUCAGACCUGCCUGUCAUGGGGAGGGAGGGAGAUGACCAUGUAACUUCUUAUGAAACAGAGGAGCGAGUGUCAGUGGGGUUGGAGCGGCCGUGCUCAGAGCCGCUACAAGGCCAGAUGUGGUUCAAUCCGCUCAGCAAAGGCCUCUACCUCUGCGACGGUACAGUGUGGAUCACCGUGCUAGAGGAUCAUAAACGACUAGACUACUUGUUGGAACACCAGGUCCUCACUACCAGCUCAGAGACACAUGAUGUAGAGGUGUUCCAGGUACCUGGCAUAGGUGUGAUGGUUGCUAUGGCGCAUAGGUCAGCCUCUGGCUCUGCUGUCUAUCUGUGGAGCCACACAGGUUUCCAGCUCUACCAGAAUAUCAGCACAUAUGAAGCUCUGGCUUGGAGACACUUCAGCAUGGGAAAAAAGAUAUUUCUGGUGGUGUCUAACUCUGGAGGAGGGCCAGAUAAGCGUCACAAAUUCGAGACAGACUAUUCUGUGAUUUACAAAUGGAGCAAAAGAAGAAAACGGUUUGUGCAGUUCCAGACUCUGCAGACCCACUGUGCACGGGACUGGGAGGCCUUUACCAUCAACCGACAAACCUAUCUCGCUGUAGCCAAUCACAGACAAGGUGAUAAAAAUCACACUAUAGACAGUGUGAUAUACAAAUGGAACAGGUUAACAAAGUCUUUCGAGGUUCACCAGCUGCUGCUGACUUCAGGGGCCUACGACUGGGAGUUUUUCACAGUCGGACCGUACCAUUUCCUGGUGGUCGCAAAUGCCUUUGAUGGCGUGACCACUUCUGUAGACUCAGUCAUCUACGUUUGGGUCAAUGGAAGCUUCCAGGUGUUUCAGACGAUUAAGACGUUCUGCGCCACUGACUGGGAAAUGUUUCAGAUCGGCAGUAGAGUCUUCUUAGUUGUUGCCAAUGGACACAGAUUCCACGGUAACAGACCAAGUCGAUAUGACAUCAACUCCACCAUCUACGAACUGGACAUGAUUGGACAGCUGUUUGUCCGCUUCCAGGAUAUUGUCACCUACAGUGCAGUGGACUGGGAGUUCUUCAGCCUCGGGGAGGAAUAUUUUUUGGUUGUCGCUAACUCCUUUAACGGGGAAUCAUACUCUCUCAACAGCAUUCUCUACAGGUGGCAGGGAUAUGAAGGAUUUGUUCCUGUACAUUGGCUCCCAACGAUUGGGUGUAGUGACUGGGAGUUUUUCAGCUCUAAAGGAGAAUCAUAUCUGAUCUAUUCUAGUGCCAAAGCACCUCUCUCCAAAGUGUUUAAGCUGAAAACCUACUAGGCAAAAAAAGAGUGUACAUGUAGCUUUGUGCUUUGUUUGUGUGUGUGUGUGUGUGUACAUGUUGUCAUUUUUUGUAAGUGUCUGUAUGUUCAUGUGUGAGAACCAUAGACUGCAUGUCAGAACAUGAUUGCAAUAAUAUUUGAAAUGUGUGAGUGUGUUUAAGUAAAUGUGCCUUUACAACUGUGCUUGUUCUCAACUUACAGUCAGGGCCGUAGUAACACUAACCAUGACCUUAAUAUUGUUUUUGUUUCUGGGAAUUUGGGGGUUUAACAACCUGAGGAGGAUUUUACAUUCUACAAUUAAACAGAAAUUGCACAUGGUGGGUUUUGAAGAAUGAUUCUGAUAUUUCUUAGAGUAAUUAAAUAUGACAGUUUUAGGCAAGAACUAUUUUAUUGACAUUUGUUAAAAGGAUUUAGGUUUUCUCCACAAGAAUUACAACAUAGAAUAUCCUAAGGUUUGAAACUUUGUUUAGACCAUCAUGUAAGGAGAUAAAAAGUAUAUCAUUUACAAGUUAAAUAUAUUAAUAAAAUGAGAACAAAUAUAAAGUAAUGAGAACAUUUCUGAGAUUUUUUGUGGGGUUACCCCACAACAUUAACCAUCAGUGAUAGGUUAACAACUAAUGUAGCCUACCUCAUUUUAACAGAAAUGUCACAAGCACAAUAUUUUUAUGAGAAUAGAUCUGUAUACUUGUUUGCAUUGUCUGAAAGAAAUGUAAAGCCAGCCUCUGUGAGAUUUUAAUCUUUCUGUAAAAACAUUUAAUAUGAAUGAUAUUUAACAUUUUGUUAACUAAAAUGUAUGUUCUCAUAGAAA